AUGUGCAACGAAAUUUUACUUUGCAUUUGGGAUUAUUUAUCAUCUGCUGAUGUUAUUUAUAGUUUUUCCAAUCUGAAUACUCGUCUCAAUUGUUUACUAUCAGAAUUUUAUGGACUUUACAAAAAAUUAGACUUACGUUAUUGUUCAUUAGCAGCUUGUCGUUUUCUUUCUCGUAUCGUACCGAGUACGAGUGAUUGGUAUUUUGGUCUUACUGUUUUGAAAUUAGGAAAUUCUGCUCGAUGUUCUCAAAUCGAAUUAUUUCUAGACGGAGUGAUCAAAUCACUUGUCGAACAACAAGGAAAUUUCUCUCGUAAUACCAAGUCAUACAAACAUCUAAAACCAAUAUUUCCUCAAUUAACUUCUUUACAUAUUUCUUUAACAAGAUUGUUCGAUGAAGAUUCUAUUGAUAUCUUAUUAUCAGUAAUAGCUGGAGGAGCAAAAAUGCGUAGAUUUACAUGUCAUGCUUGUCCAAGUCAAAUUCAUCAUUCACAACCUUUCUUUGAUUGGUUAUUUCGAUGUUCAACGAAUCUUGCUCAUUAUCGAUUGCAGAUUUCUCAACUUGACGAUGGUUUUCAAUUAACGUAUGAACAUACAAUUAAUCAAAACUAUAUUCCGCACUAUUCUCUUGCUUAUCUCAAAAUCGAUAUUCUCGAUUUAAAUACAUUUUACGUACUCAUACAUUAUCUUCCUAAACUUGAACAUUUAGAUGUAAAUAUUACCAAGGUUAUGGGUCGAACUGAUGAUUUUGAUCAAACUCUCAUCGGAAAAUGCGAUUAUCCGAAAAACUUGCGUGUAUUGAUUUUAAGACAUUUUCAAGUUGCGGGACCCAAUUGUUUUUAUCUUGAUCAAUUGGUUGAGAAGUUUCACAAUACUCUCGAAGAAUUUUCUUUGUUUUUCGUUCAUUUUUGCGAUGGUCAACUUGAUAUAUGUUUUGAUAGUCACCGUCUUGCCACUCUUUGUAAUCGAUUAACCCAUUUAAAAGUUUUGCAUUUUGCCAUUCAUUUACGAUUUCUCGCACGGCCAAGUCAACAAAUAUUAUAUCAUUUUAUUAAAGGAUUUCAAACGUCUUUUUGGCUCGAUGGACCAUUGGGUCAGAUGCGAGUGUGUGUGAAUUAUCAUCAACUAUUGGAUUUUGUACAAAUAUUCUCUCUUCCAUAUAAAUUUUAUGAUAAUACUUUGUAUCGCACAACGGAUUUCGUCGAUACAUUGUUUAAUGUUGAUGAACGAAUACAAAUGACAGGAAAUGAUUUAUCUUUCGCAUUCAAAUCCCUUUGGUGUGGAAUGCGCUGUUUGUUGAUGUGUUUUCUUGAAAAAGAGGAAAUACCAAUUUCACUUCUUUAUGCACUUCAAUGUCCUUCGAAUCGAAAUCAAACAUUAGCGAUAACAGGUACGAAAGGAAUAAUGCCAAAUGAUAUAUAUCAAUGUGUACAACUUACACAGUUCACUUCAGUUCAACUGUUGUGUGAAUCUGAAAUUACAACUGAUUAUAAUAUACAACGUAUGUCCACAUUUGUUCGAUAUAUCUCAGUUUUCGUUAUCGCGAUAACACAAUCAUCGAUUAACAAUCAAACAAUUAAUUGGUUCCGUUUAUUACCAAACAUAAAAAGUUUAUUUGUUGGUUUAUGUGAAUUGCGUCAUUGGAUUACGAAUGAUUCUCAUAAUCAGUAUCUUAAUACAUUCCUUCAACGUUUGGAUAAAAUCUUUAUAGAAUGUUCAUCAAUUACAAAUGAAUAUUUGAAUGAAGAAAUGAUGAUACCAUUUCUUUCAUUUAUUCUCAAUAGACAACGUUUCUCUCAAUUAGAAUAUCUUGAUUUCUUUCAAUUUCAACAUGUCUCAUCAGCAUGGUGUAUUAUUAACAAAUGGACUAAUUAUAUUCUCAAUCAUUGCAAUGAACAUCAAUUGAAAUAUUUGCAAUUUAGUUUGAUUGAAAAUGAUCAACUACUGACGAAUAUGAAAACAGGUGAUGAAAUAAUUACAAUUAGUGAUCCACCACGUAUUAUCGAUAUUCAUCGAUCUGUUUCAAAUAAUUACAUUUCGUUUUGGAUGGAAAGCAGAUCUGCACCCGGUAAUGGUGCUGCGGCUAAUUCAGAUGACGAUGCUGAUAUUGGUGAAAUUGUAGAUGAACAUGAAUUCGGUAGAAAUGAAGAUUCAGCUCCUCUCCGUAUAACAUCCGAACUCCAAUUACACAAGUUCAAUUCACUUCAAGGAACUGUUUGCAGUUCUUUUCAACUGAACUUAACUAAUGGUUGA